GAUUUCCGACUGCGCCCAAAGCCAGCGCCGAGUCUCUUCGGCAACUUCCGGAAAUCCGGAAGGGAGGCCGCCAAGCGCGUUCGGGCGUGUCCGGAACGGCAGUGACGCCCGGACGACGGGAGGGCGGCCACGCUCCGGCCGCAGCCAGACAUGCGGCUGCUCUCGCGGGCUCUCCGCGCGGCGCAAGGCUACCGAGCAGCCGCGCUGCCCCCUCGGAGCCUCCGGGCGGCGCCGGUGGGAUGGCAGCUGCCGGCGCGGCGCGGGCUGAGCGCACGGCCCGGCCUGGAGGAGCUGUUCGCCGCGCCCUCCCUGCGCCGCCUGCUGGAGGCGCGCGCGCGGGGCGAGGGCGGGGCGGCGCCGCAGCUGGCGGCGCGCGUGCAGCGGCUGCGCGACAAGGAGCGGGAGCUGCGCGACACGCGGGAGCUGGCGCAAGAUGAGAAUAAAGAUUUCCGGAAGCUUGCAGAAACAGAGAUUGCUUCCUGUGAAGAAGAGAUAGCUGAACUGAAACAACAGAUAGUGUUGCUUUUGAUUCCUUCAGAAGAAACAGAUGAGAGUGAUCUUGUCAUGGAAGUAACUGCUGGAGUUGGAGGGCAGGAAGCCAUGCUGUUCACCUCGGAGAUAUUUGAUAUGUAUCAACGAUAUGCUGCUUAUAAAAAGUGGAAAUUUGAAGUAUUAGAAUACUUUCCCAGUGAACUAGGUGGCCUAAGACAUGCAGUAGCCAGUAUUGCAGGUGUUGAGGCUUACAAAUACAUGAAGUUUGAAGGAGGAGUGCAUCGUGUUCAGCGGGUACCAAAGACAGAAAAACAAGGACGCAUUCACACCAGCACAAUGACUGUUGCAAUAUUACCCCAACCCACUGAGAUGAGGCUGCAAAUUAGUCCAAAAGAUCUACGGAUAGAAACAAAGCGAGCUAGUGGAGCUGGAGGCCAGCACGUCAAUACCACCGAUAGUGCUGUGCGGAUAGUUCACAUUCCAACAGGGAUUGUGGCUGAAUGUCAGCAAGAAAGAUCCCAAAUUAGAAACAAAGAGAAGGCUAUGCAAAUGCUAUGUGCUAAACUGUACAAUGCCAAACUAGAAGAAGAAACCAAAAAGAGAAACUAUGCUCGAAAGAUUCAAAUUGGGACUAAAGGAAGAUCAGAGAAGAUCAGAACAUACAACUUUCCACAGGACCGGAUUACAGACCACAGAAUAAGCAGAUCAGUGCAUCAUGUUGAGUCUUUCAUGCUAGGGGAAGAAAUGCUUGAUGAAAUGAUACAAACUCUGAGAGAAUAUGCUGAUUAUGAAUCUCUAAUGGAAAUUAUUUCAGAAAAUGAUAAAAAUAAUUCUUCCUGAACGUGGUUCUUUCUCAGGCCAUUACAACAGAUGUAGACCUUGGUCUGCAAAGAAGCUUCUCAGAGCACCACCCAGAAAAUGGAACUUGUUUUCAGAUCAUGAAAAACAUCACAACUUGUGCCCUCAUGAAUAUUAAACAUUUUUCUUACCUGCUGGAUAGAGGACUUUAUUAUCUUCAAAUGAGACAUUAUUGGUGCAGUAGUCCUUGUGAAAAGUUUAUUUGACUGCACCAAAAAUAACAGCAGUUUUUAAAUUCUACUGAGAACUGAUUAAAAAGGUAUGCAUGCAUUAAAAAAGGAAUUAUUUCUAGUUCCUGUUUUCAUUUAAACUAUGGCUUAACCAUCACACAGCAGUGUGAAAUAGCUUACUUGGGAGAACAAAAAAAAUUCCUAUUUUGUUUGAGUGAUUGGAAAAAAGUGAUAAAUAAAUGAUCCCACUCUAUCUAUCCACAUAUUUAUUAAUCAUUUACAUGUAUCCUGGGAAAGGGAGUCAAAGUGUAUCGCUGUCAUGUUUUCAAGUCCUUCUGGCCCUUAUUUAUAAACACAAAACAAGUUUAGGAAUAUCCCUUGUUGGAGGAAAAAAAAGCCAUGGAAGCCAAGUGAGGAA